UAUUACAAUAUUUUAUUUCAGAUAUAGACAAGAAUUAUAACCACAAUGGGCCCCCUUCUUGUAGAUAUAAUCCAUUUCUACCCAGUAGAGAACGCACAACCACAUUACACUAAAAGGUUUGAAGUGUUAAACAAAAAUGCGACCGAUAUCACCACCACCAUAGUACGGCGCGGUCAACCCUUCAACGGCGUGCUCCGGUUCAACAGACCCUACGACGAGGACUGUGACAUCGUGAAGCUUGUGUUUAGACUAGGAAACGAACCUUAUACCGUGGACACCACAGCUUCGGUGGUUCUUAGGAGGGAUCCGGUACCUCGCACAAAUUCUUGGAGCGCCAAAAUAGCGGACGUUGGCGAUCAAGACGUAUCAUUUGAAGUUUCUACUCCGGUCAACUUGCCCGUCGGCAACUGGGCCGUCCGAGUGAUCACCACGCUGAAGAAUACUAUGAUGCGGGAGUCGUAUACGUCCGAUCAGGAUCUAUACAUCCUCUUCAAUCCAUGGAAUCCAGAUGACCAAACCUACAUGCCAGACACUAACUUGCUCCAAGAGUACGUGCUCAAUGACUUCGGCAAGAUGUGGCUGGGUCGCGACAGCAAGCCGUGGAUCUACGGCCAGUUCGAUACUGUCGUACUGCCAGCGGUCAUGGCUAUGUUGGACAAAGCUGAAAUGCCUUUCCAAGACCGUGGAGACCCCGUCAAAGUAUCCCGCGCCAUCUCCCGUAUAGUGAACUCUAACGACGACGAUGGAGGCGUAGUGACCGGCCGAUGGGACGGUCAGUACGAGGACGGCACUGCGCCGAUGGAGUGGACUGGUUCCGUGGACAUCCUGGAGGAGUUCAUGAGGAGCCAGGAGCCAGUGUAUUAUGGACAGUGCUGGGUGUUUGCUGGAGUUGUUACUACUGUUUGCCGUGCACUGGGCAUUCCUUCAAGAGUGGUGACCAUCAUAAAAUCAGGACAUGACACUGACAGGUCAUUGACAGUCGAUGAGUACUACGAAUACAGUGAGACUGAGAAAAAGUUACGCUACGAACGCAACAGUCGCUGCGAAUCCAUCUGGAACUACCACUUGUGGAACGACGUCUGGAUGGCUAGACCUGACCUGCCAUCUGGUUAUGGAGGCUGGCAAGCAAUAGACGCUACUCCGCAAGAACCAUCAUCGAUCUCAAACAAAUACGAGUGUGGUCCAGCACCGGUGGAAGCUAUCAAGCAGGGGGUCACUGACGUCAGUUACGACGUCGACUUCUUGUUGGCGUCUGUGAACGCGGAUAUGGUGAAAUGGAUCAAGGAUCCACAAUCGGAGACAGGGUAUUCUGAAUUCCUUACCGUCUAUGACAGUAUUGGUCUCAUGGUCCUGACAAAGAAGCCCUUCGUGUUCGACCCUAACGGUGACGAGGACAGGCAGGACAUCCUCGGAGAGUACAAGCACAGAGAAGGAUCCACGUCAGAGAGACUGGCUCUGAUUAACGGCAUCAGGACAAAGAGGCACAACCUAACCAACGACAUCACAUUCAAGCUACGCGACAUCGACACCGUGCCCAUCGGCAAAGAGUUCAGGGUGGUCGUUGACCUCUACAACUCCUCCGAAGAGAGUCGACUGAUCUACGCAACAUUGAAAGUAAACAGUGUGUACUACAACGGAGUGAAGGGCAGCCAAGUCAAGAAUGUCGACAGAAGGUUCUUUAUUGGUCCUUCUGAACGUAAAGAAGUCAGUGUCCUCGUUACACCGGACGACUAUCUGCCGAAUCUGGUGGAGUAUUGCAACAUGAAGAUAUUUGCGAGAGCCUACGUGGAGGAGACUAAACAGGCCUGGGCCGACGAUGAUAACUUCCAAUUUCUAAAGCCCAGUAUUAAAAUAGAGUUCAACGAAGACCUGAUCAUCGGGCAAACAGCCACUGCAGUGCUGUCCUUCGUAAACCCUCUGGACCGGCAGCUGACUGGCUGCGAGUUCAAACUGAGCUCACUGGGCAUCGCCGGCAGAAAUGUCAACAUGACCGCCUCCGAUGCUAAGCCAUCGCAGCUUCUAAGCGUUGAGAUGUCAUUUAAGCCAACUAAAACUGGUAAACUCCAAUUCGUGGCUACAUUCAAGUCUGCUGAACUGAAGGACAUCAUAGGGGCGGUGAACGUUGAAGUUUUAGAAUUAGAAGAAUAAGAAGACUGUAAUAUUCAUUUCUAUGAUUAACUACAUGUUUUUGUUUAAGUAUUUUAUUGCAACUUUAAACCUACCCGUCUGACAAGCUGUACAUUAAAUAUUAUUUUUAAAUUAUACAAUCAUACAAAAGUAUAAUUUAAAAUUAAUAUUUGAGAUUGA